UAUGGAAUUAGGAAGAACAGAACAGAAGACACUGACCAACUAGAAGUUUGGUGUCAGGCACCAACCAUUUUUGGACUAACAAAGAAUAAAAACCUCAUAUCUCUCUUUUGCUUAUCCAUUCCUCAUCACAUUCACAAAGCUUCUCUUUCUCCCAUCAGAAUAUAAUUUUCUCUUUCUCUCUUCUCGUCUGAUAGAUUUGAAGGAUAGCAAGGAGAAAUAGAGAGGAAAAUGGGAGAGAUGAAGAGUAUGCAAAUGGGUGUGAUUGGAGCCUUGUUUCUGUCUGUAGCAUCUUCUGUCUCCAUUGUAAUUUGCAACAAAGCUUUGAUGACCAAUCUUGGCUUCCCUUUUGCAACGACACUAACAAGUUGGCAUUUGAUGGUAACAUAUUGCACACUUCAUGUGGCAUAUAAACUAAAUUUCUUUGAAAAUAAACCAAUAGACACAAAGACUGUUGUUCUCUUUGGCCUCCUCAAUGGCAUCUCCAUUGGUCUUCUGAAUCUCAGCCUCGGCUUCAAUUCCAUCGGCUUCUAUCAAAUGACCAAACUUGCUAUCAUUCCAUUCACUGUACUAUUGGAAACUCUCUUCCUCAACAAGAAGUUCAGUCGAAAGAUAAAAUUCUCAUUGUUUUUGCUAUUGGUUGGGGUUGGAAUAGCAUCAAUCACAGAUCUUCAGCUCAAUUUUGUUGGUUCUGUUCUCUCUCUCCUUGCCAUCGCAACAACUUGCGUCGGCCAAAUUCUAACAAACACUAUCCAAAAGAGACUGAACGUGACAUCAACACAACUCCUUUACCAAUCGGCCCCGUUUCAAGCCGCUAUACUAUUUGUUUCGGGUCCCUUUGUCGACAAAUACCUCACUCGCCUCAACGUCUUCUCCUUCCAUUACUCUCCUAUCGUUGUGGGGUUCAUAACGCUGUCGUGUUUAAUAGCGGUUUCCGUUAACUUCAGCACGUUUUUAGUGAUCGGAAAGACAUCUCCGGUGACGUACCAAGUCUUGGGGCAUCUCAAAACGUGUUUGGUGCUUGCUUUUGGUUACACUCUCCUCCACGAUCCAUUCACUCCUCGUAACAUCGCAGGAAUCCUAAUCGCGGUCCUUGGCAUGCUUCUCUACUCCUACUUCUGCUCCGUUGCUUCUAAAUCAAAACAAGGCUCCUCCGAGUCCUCUUUUAUUGGGAAAGACAGGGAUACAACGCCGCUUUUGAGCCAAGAAAAAGAGAACCAUGAAGCCAAGAAAUUAGACAAGCAUUCUCCAGUAUAAUUGAUUACACCAUAAAAUAAAAAGUACAAGUUCUCUUUCUUUCUUUAUGGUCUCCUUCUAUAAUUCUGCUUUUUAUAUUCAUUGAUAAAGGUUUUGUAAUUGAGAAAAAACUGAAACAAGUUUCUUUUUCUUUCUUUAACAAAAACGAAAAAACUGAAACAACCAAUGGUCCUUUUUCUCGUACUUUUUGGGUUUUGUUAAACAUUUACAGCUAUUAUCUC